UGAUUUCACGCGGGAAGACUGUGACUGACACACUAGUCUUUAUAUUUUGCUAUAGUCUUAACCCGGAUUGUGAAAAUGUUUUAUUAUCCAAACGUCCUCCACCGUCACACUGGAUGUUUUUCCACAAUUUGGUUAGCAGCCACCAGAGGCAUCAAGGUUACUCGUAGAGAGCUUCUCAAAGUUGAUGUGAAGCAGACAUGCGGGGAAAUUCUGGACUAUGUGACAGCGCAGGUUCCUCCACCGCAACCCAACCUACCUAGGCCUCGGUUCUCUCUCUACCUGUCGUCUCAGCUGCAGUAUGGAGUGGUUGUUGUCUACCACAAGCAGUGCGCCUUCUUGCUUGAUGAGGUCCAACAGGCCAUUGACCGCCUGCUGCGCGCUAAAAGAUGCAUACACAUUGACAUGACUGAGUCUGACAGGAUUUGCUUGGAUGUGCCUGACCAUCUGUUCAUGAUGGAGGAGGCUGAGGGAGCUCAGGACCCCUUCUUUGGUCUCAUGGAAUCACACCAACUCCCAAGCCCCUAUAAUAUACACAAGACAGGUUUUGUGAUCAACGAGGGGAGUUCACAGCUCUCCCUACUGUCCAGUCCCCACACCGCACCUGACAAAGCAGCUUUCAGGUCACCCCCAGCUGUCAUCACCAUGACAGAGAAGGAGCAGUUCACCAUCACCACUGCUGAGUGUUUUGAGGGAGAGGACCUUCCUGAGGCCACAGCCAGAGACAUUGACUUGCUGAUGGAUCAACCAGACCAGUUCCGUAGAGAGGACGAGGAGCAGCAGACAGAGGAGAGGAUCCGGGAACUUGAUGGAGUCAUGUCCUCUAUUGACCAACUAAGGGAGACAAUACUGGGAGCAGAACGAGACAGUGUGUGGCUGCCAGAUGAGGAGGCAGGUCAGCCUAUGGAAGUUCCUUUUGGAGCUGAUGCCAGAGAACUGACCCCACUGCAAGUCACUAUCAAGCCUGUUCGAGGUCGCAGGCGUCAGCUGGUUUUUGCAGACCCUCAGGUCCAGAUCUCUGACAGAGAGAUAAAGCAACAGAUUGGAAACCCACAGGCCGAGACACGGGACCUGUCAGAGAUGUUGCUGGACUUGCCGUCCUUGACCAGGUGGGCCACUCCUGCUCAGCUCUUCAACAAUCCCUGUACAUCCCUCAUCCAGGAGGACCUCAUGUCACUGUGGAAGAAGUGUGCUGUGCUCACUGUCCUGCCUGACCAUGAGAAAAAACAGAGAGGGGAAGAGGAAGAAGAGUCUGAGCAGAACAGAGAAAUACUGAGGACAGAGAGGAAGAGGAGGCACUCAAGCCUGAAGGAGAUUUCUGUUGAGUCAGGACUGCAACUUGCUGAGGGCUCAUCUGCAAUUGAUGUUGACAUGUCCAAAGAAGACAAAUCUGUGAGCGAUGUAAUCACUCCCGUCAGCAGAUGGUCUCCACAGGAGGAGGCUCAGCUCCAGAUGGAGCCUAUAGCGGAGGAAAACGUCGAGAUGCCGGAGGCUGAGACAGAAAGCGGGGACAAGCUGAGUUGGAUGUCCUCCAACCUGCAGAGGGCUGAAAAGGUCACCUUUGACUCUCUGCUGCCCCCAAAGACCGACCGCACCACUGUAGCUCACACUUUCUACAGACUGCUGGAGCUGCUGUCUGCGGGGCAACUGGCUGUCCAGCAGACUGAGCCCUACAGUCACAUGACCAUACACCCUGCAGAAUGA